AUGGCAGAUAAGCCUAAAUUUUGUCCAUGUGACCUUGGAGAUGUGUUUGAUUAUCAACCUCUUGGACAAGAAGUAUCAAUUGAGCAUAUUAAGGCCUAUGUAAAGAAGCCCUCUUUCCAGACCGAUGCAGCUGUAAUUGUGAUUCAUGAUAUAUUUGGAUGGCAACUCCCAAAUACUAGAUAUAUUGCUGAUUUGGUUGCUUCCAAUGGAUACAUUACAAUUUGUCCAGACUUUUUUAAGGGAAGAGAACCUUGGAAACCAUCUGAUGAUAUGUCUCAAUUAAAUGAAUGGCUAAAAACACGAGAUCCCAAAAAUAUAGAUAAGGAAACUGAUGUAGUCUUGAGAUAUUUGAAGGAAGAAUGUUAUGUGACAAGGAUAGGCGUCAUUGGCUUCUGUUGGGGUGGAUCUGCUGUACAUCAUCUGAUGUUGAACUAUUCUAUAUUUACUGCAGGCGUGUCCAUCUAUGAAACUAAUAAAAGCUUUCAGAUUUUUCAACAUCUUUUGUCAAACUCAUUAACAAGCCAAGAGAAAAAGGAGUGA